AUGGUCGGAACCUCCUUCAACGCUCUUGUCGCCGUUCUUGCGGUCGCCUCUUCGAUCGUCGCCUCGCCUCUCCCCGUCAAGCGUGCUCCCACCUGGGCUGACCGAAGCACUGCCACCAUUUACCCCGGUGUCAACACAAACACUGCCGGUAGCUGCACUUCUAACUUCAUCUUCUACCAGGGUGACGAAAUCUACAUUGGUCAAGCCGCUCACUGUGCUAGCACUGGCGAGUCGACCGACACUGAUGGUUGCUCUUCCGGUUCUCUUCCUGAGAAUUCGCCAGUAACCAUCACUGGUGCUUCUCAGCCUGGUACCCUCGUCUACUCGUCCUGGUUGCGAAUGCAGCAGCGUGGUGAGACGGAUGCCAAUACUUGCGCCUACAACGAUUUUGCCCUCGUCCGUAUUGACCCUGCGGACCACGACAAGGUCAACCCCACCGUCCCCACUUUCGGUGGUCCCACCGGUCUCCGCACCUCCGAUCUCUCUCCUCUCGAGCAGGUCUACAGUUACGGCAACUCGGUCCUCCGUCAAGGCAUUACCCUCUUGAGCCCCAAGUUCGGUGUCAACCUUCAGGAGCAGGGUCAUGGCUGGUCGCACAACAUCGGUACCGUCAGCCCCGGUAUCCCUGGUGACAGUGGAAGCGGUUUCUUCGACAAGUCAGGUUUGGCUUUCGGUACUCUUAGCACCCUCCAGUUCGCCCCUCUUCCCGCUUCCAACGGUGUCGGUGACCUCAACAAGGAGCUCUCGUACGCCAGGACCUUCGGAGACUUUGCCGGCGUUCAGCUUGCUACCGGUACCGCUCCUUUCGCCGUUGCCUUGCCAGACCUUUCCACGGGUCUCGUUUCCACCCUUCAGAACCUUCCAGGUGCCUUGGCCAGCGACCAGGGUCUCUUAGGCCUCUAA